AUGCGACUACCCGAACUAGACACACGGAGACACGAAGCCCUAGUGGACGAUCCAGCCACUACAAGCUCCGCGAGAUACCGUGGUACUCCAACACUCAGUAACCGUGAGACAAAGUCAACAGCACGAGUCUCCAGCACAAUUUCUUGGCCAUUUCUCUGGCGACAACCAGCACAAUCCCUGUCUCUGCGUCUUCCAUAUCAAGCCCCCCACACAAUGCUCCCUCCUCUGCCCAAAAAUGAGACUACAAGAUGGAAUGAAAAUAAGUUUCAGAUAGAAGACGAUACGUCUUCCAUUGAAACGAAUACCGAAAAGUCCGAAGAUUCCGAUACCACAAUCAUGGGGAUUCUCAAGACAAAACCUUCCAAGAAAGAUGGCACAAAGAAUGAGAUUUUUGCCAUUAAGAUUGAACCCGUUGGACUACCCAAGAGGCUCGGUGUGGAGAAGAACAACUGGAUUUCAGAAUACAUUCGAAAGCCCAGAAAGGAGCGUGUCAAGUGGCAAUCAAAGCUCCAUAGAGUAGACAAGAAUUCCUGGCAUAAGCUACCCCUUCAUGAUAAAGUGGAGGACCUUGUGGAUUUGGCUGCGAAGGAUUUCAGUGACUGGCUAAACUCCUUGGCCAGUGAUAAGACUUCGAGGACUGUGACGAAAGAGAGAAUAAAGCAACUAUUUCCAGUACUAGCCACCGGAGAUUCCCUCCGAGGACUUGAAGUGGACUACAAGGACCUCUAUGUCCUUCCUGAGGAGAUUCUCGAACAAUACCGUCUGGGAAAGGAGCGGAGCCUUGCAGCAAAUGUGGAACGUAUUCGCCGUCGGGACGCCAUCGAGAAUCGAAAAGCUGAAAGAUACAUUGCCUUUGGGAAAAAUCUUCCCGUUCCACUGCGUCAACGGAAGCGGGAAGUGAGGGAGGUGGAAGCCUCCAAGACCAUUUUCCCCGAGGAUCUUCGCACAAAAGAGACACUUUUUAGAGGAAUUGAACACUUGCAGUCCACGAGGUUGUUCAUUGAGCAUCUCAAAAAGCACCCCGAACUCCCAAAGCCAGAGUAUUUGACAAAAUCCGGAGCUUUUGCAGCAAGUCAAAUGCACCGUAAAUUCAGUCACGUUCCACUGAGGGACUGGCUUCUCAAGACAAAUUAAAAUUAUUAUCGGUCGAUACUAUA